GAUCCGUAGUGACGUCAGCUUGUAGAAAUUGUCAGAGUGGUAAGAUGGCUACGGAACCAAAUAAGACUGAGAUCCUGACCAUUUUCAAGAGAUUAAGAUCCGUACCGACGAACAAGGUAUGUUUUGACUGCGCAGCUAAAAACCCGAGCUGGGCGAGUAUUCCAUAUGGUGUGUUCUUAUGCAUUGACUGCUCUGGCAUCCACCGCUCCCUGGGAGUGCAUCUCAGCUUCAUCAGGUCCACCGAGUUAGACUCCAACUGGAACUGGUUUCAGCUCAGAUGUAUGCAGGUUGGAGGCAAUGCCAACGCGACGGCGUUCUUCCGCCAGCAUGGCUGCUCCACAAACGACACCAACGCUAAGUAUAAUAGUCGUGCAGCCCAGAUGUACAGGGAGAAGAUUCGGCAGCAGGCAAAUGCUGCGUUGUCCAAAUAUGGCACAGAUCUGUGGAUCGACUCCUCUGCAGGAAGCGCUCCUGCAGCUCCUGAGAAGAAGGAGACAGACUUCUUUGCAGAACACACACAGCCUGCUAAUGAUUGGAGCGUGGCCCCGCCCUCCGAGCCACAGCAGAAUGGAGCCGCCGUCACCCCACAGUUGUCAGACGUGACAGCCAAACCCCAGGAUGACAGCCAGCCGGAGGAAGGACCCAGCAUCGACGGUCUGAGCACAUCACCCAGAGCCUCCAUCGACGCCUCCAUGCGUUUGUCAUCACAGGAAGGACAGACGCCCAAAGACGUGAAGCCUUCCAUCAUUGGAAAAAAGAAGCCCAUGGCUGCCAAAAAAGGGCUCGGUGCAAAAAAAGGUCUGGGUGCCCAGAAGGUGAGCAGUAAGAGUUUCUCAGAGGUGGAGAAACAGGCGCAGGUGGCCGAGAAGCUGAGAGAGGAGCAGGCUGCUGAGGCCAAGAAACAAGCCGAGGAGUCCAUCGUGGCGUCGAUGCGUUUGGCUUAUAAAGAGCUGGAGAUCGACAGGAAGAUGGAGGAAAAGAAGAUGCAGAAUCUGGAAGGCAAGAAGAGAGAGCAGGCCGAGAGACUGGGCAUGGGCUUCGGCAACAGGAGUGCUGUGUCCCACUCAGUGAUGUCAGAGAUGCAGGUGAUCGAGCAGGAGACUCCCGUGGGAGUCAAGUCCUCCUCUCGCUCCAAACUGGACAUGUUUGAUGAGCCGGGUUUCACCUCUGGACCCCCAAAAUAUAAGGACAACCCGUUUACAGUGGGAGACAGUUUUGGAUCCAGGUGGGACACCGAGGGAGGGACUGCCUCCUUUACCACCUCCUGGGCUCUGGAGAAAGAGGACCCCAAAGAGGAGGUCACCAUCUCUAGUAUUCAGCCAAUCGGAGAGAGACUUCCCAGCAGAAGAAAAGCCGACGUGUCAGCUCCGGUGUCGGAGUCGAGUGAGGCCAGGCAGAAGUUUGCUAACGCUAAGGCAAUCUCUUCGGACAUGUUCUUUGGUCGGGAGAGCAGCGCAGAGUAUGAUGCAAAGACCAGACUGGAGACCAUGUCUGGAAACACCUCCAUCAGUUCAGCUGACCUGUUUGGGGACGGCAGCGACCAUAAAGGGAGAGCUCCAGGCUUCGACAGCGUGCUGCCCUCCGGCCCGGACAUCGCACAGUUCAAACAAGGAGUGAAGACUGUAGCGGGCAAGAUGGCCGUCCUCGCCAACGGUGUCAUGAAUACAAUCCAGGAUCGCUACGGCUCCUACUGACCCGCCCGGAGAGCGCAGCACCGACCUGUGGGAAGACUUACUAACUGACGCCUGUGAAGAGCCAACCAGCCUCCUGACUGACACGUGCGUUUGGGCGGAGCAGACGAGAUGGAGACGGGAAGCAGAAAGGAUUGCAUGGGGAAAAUAAAUCGUCCUUCUGUCCCGUCGUCUUGUAGAGACACUUUUACAGGAGUGAGACAGUAUUUUCUUCUCUCAUCCACAUUAGCAGACUCUUGAGUUUUAUUUUCAUAAAGGAAACCAUCGCAGGGUGUAGUUUGUUUUUUUCUAAACCAAGAGUUGUGAUUUACUGUCGAGAAUUAUUUUGGUCUUAGUUUUCAAGAUGACGUCAGAGUUAAUUCGACUAUAUUUUAUUCCUUCUACAUAAAUCAGAGUGUUUUUGAUUCUUAUUAUCAGAUAUUUUAUGCUUAUGUCUUUUUUGUUUUAUUGUGAUAUUAAAAAGGUGCAGUAUAUAUUUUCAGCGUUAAUUUGAACAAGAAUCCACCAUGUUUGCAUUUAGUGUUCGAGUCACUGCUGUUCAGUGUUCAAGUCACUGCUGUUCACUCUCAGUAGAGUUUGUUUUCUGUCACAUGAAGCACUGACAGCAGCGGUCUCUGCAGUUUCAGACGGUUUGUGAGCUUGGAACUAAACAUUUCUGUCUGGGUGAAAGAAAAUAUAAUGAAACAUCAACAGUUUGCUGCUCUGCUCAUUUAUAAUCUGUCUUUUUAAUAUAAACGUUAACCCCAGUCAGUGGUGAGCGCAGAGACUGGAACCAUCAACAGAAGACACGGUGCAGGGGAACCAGAGAUUUUAAAUUAAGGGGGAUUAAACCCAAACUGUAGUUUUAAAGUACGACACAUCUCAUGAGCUUAAUGUGUCAUUUAAAAAUUAAAGAUGCGUCUAUGUUCAGAGACGUCAGACAGAACUGUGACGUCCCAGCCCAUAAAUCCAUGACUUUGACUAUGCAUCUUCAUUUUACAAACUGUAACAUGUUGCUGGUUGAAUCGGAAGUCUGCCUCCACGCACCUCCACUCUGAAACGUUUGGUCAUCGCUGCCUUUUGAAACUCAGCAGAUUAACACUUUAUUUUAAGAGACUGCCGUCUUCAGUUUACAUUUUUAUCUGCUCAGUUUAGGACGAAUCAGCAAAUGAAAAAUAUCCCGAUCCUCCAGCUGUAAACACGAGAACAGUGCCUAUGACUGAUGAUGAUGAUGAUGAUGAUGAUGAUGAUGAUGAUGAGGCAGAGAUAAAUCUGUCUUUAGGAGAAGGAGAGUUAUUGUAUAUUUAUCAAACACUGUUAUUACAACAAAAUGUGUCGCGUAUGUGUGGAAGUCCAUUUCUGCCCAUGUGAUGAAAUUAAACCUGUGAGUCACUGAAAUUCUAACAUUACUUAGUGUUUCAAAAUAUUGAGUUAACUUCAAAAAUAGUGGCUCAGCGUUUGAAAAUGAGGUGUUAUCUCAAAAUGACAAAACUUCCUCAAACACACACUGAAGUUGAAAUGACUUCAUAUCUUAAAAUAAAGAGAAACUGCCCAAAACUAAACUUGAAAUAAUGGCGAAGAAUUCUCAAAAAUAUUAAUCUAAAAAUUAAUGACUCAAAAUGACAGAACUUCAUCUUAGUAUCUCAAAAAGAGAAACUUCCCCAUAAAUAUCUUGAAACGAGAAACUCAAAAUAAGAAGCUCUAAAAAUAAUUACGUAAUAUUGUUUCUUUAUUUUUGAAAUAUUAAGUUAUGAUUUUGAAAUACUGCGUCAUUAUUUUGAGAAAUAAUUACUUGAGUUUCAAAUUAUAUUCAUAUAUUAUGUCAAUAUUUUAAGAGAGUUUCAUUAUUUUGAAAUCAUUUCAAGACAAGUCAAUACUCUGCAAAAGUUUUUAUUGAUCGUUUCGGAUUUUUAGUUUUUUAUUCUUUUGAGCUACAAAGUUAUUUUAAGUCUAUUUUGAGAGUUUCCCUUAUCGUGAGACACUAAGUCAUUAUAACAAGUCAUUAAUUGAGUUUCUAAUUAUAUUUACGUAUUACCAUACAUUAAUACUGAAGUAUUUAAGUCAUUAUUUCAAGACAAGUCAAUACUCUGCAGAAGUUUCGUUGUAUUGAGAGUUUUCCAUUCUUACAAAGUCGAUACAAAGUCGUCAUUUCAAGAUAAGAAUUUUAAGAGUUUCUCAGUAUUUUCAGAUGAGUCAACACUUUGAGAAAGUGUAUUAUUUACAGGACCUUUUUUUAAAUGACAGACGUGAAUGAGCUUCCACACAAACACAAGUAUGAACCCCUCUCUCAUCAGUUCCCGGCAGACUUUACAUUCAUCAGGCGACAGAACGACGUGUCUCGACAGCAGAGAGUCCUGGGAACCGGUCUGUAAAGUUCUUUGAUAGAUCAGAGUGUCAUAUUUUUCCUAGCGUGGCCAUGACAACUGUGUGUGUGUGUGUGUGUGUGUUCCACCCAACAUCAACUCUUCAACAAGUAACAAACGUCAACUGAAAGGAUGAAAUGUUCAACUAUUUAUUUGUAGGCUACAAAAAGAAACUUAUUCAGUAUGUUAAUAAAGAUUUCAAACCUG